GGAGUUAGGAAACAAAGUAGUGUGAAGAGCACUGACGAUUCUGACUGCAUCAUGCUAAUAAAUGUUUGCAACACAAACCUACAGAUGAUAAUUCAAGAUACUAUUAUUUAACAUCAUAGGUCUUCUGUCAUUAAUAUAAGAAUCAGGCCGAGAUAACAGGAAAACAGACGUCGAAUUUGAACAUGAAUUCAAAGAUUGAUGCAAAAAGAUCACAUCUACAAAGGCUACAGAGUUUACAAAGUAAAUCGAGCAACUCUACUGGAUGUUCUACCGAGACAAAAGAUACAUCAGCGCAUCAAAUAGUUGCACAAACUGAGAAGAAAUUUAACCAAUUGCCAUUUGUUAAUUUACCAACGAUUAAGAUAUUGGACCAUUAUCCCGAUGGCGGAUGGGGUUGGGUGAUUGUUUUUGCUGUGUGUACUGUAAACCUGCUAUGUCAGGGUUUACAUCUUGGAUUUGGGGUAAUAGGACAUAUUGCACAAUUAGAAUUUGGAAUUUCCGAUUUAGAGGCAGCGUGGCUAGCUAGUUUGAGCUAUUCUUUCCAUUUUCUCAUACAGCCUCUGGUGAUCGCCAUCUGCCAAAGGAAAAGCACGCGUCUCUACGCUGUCAUCGGCGGACUAAUCUUGUCAUUGGGGUUCCUAUUUCUUGGUUUCUCAACUAAACUACAUGAAAUUUUCAUCAGUUCCACAGUGAUAGCAUUGGGGACAUCAGUUGCCAUGACAACUGGAAAUACUAUGGUUGGUCGAUAUUUUAAAGUGAGACGAAAUUUUGCAGAGAUUUUUGUGACUUCCAGCGGGGGUUUGGGUAUAGCAGUUGUACCUUCUCUGGUGACAAAACUAUUCAGCUUCGCAGGGUGGCUAAGGAGCUUCCAGGUCGCUACUGGAGCAGCAUGUCUAGUGAUUUUAGCCGGGGCCUUUUAUCGAUCGGUGUCCUUGUACCAUCCAAGACGUCGGCUUAUACUUCACCUUAAGCGACAAAAAGCAAAAAGACCGAGAAAAGAAAGACAAGCCGAAAAACCACCCUAUUUUGACGCAAAAUGUUUACACUUAAAAUCGUUACAGAUACUUUUGUUUGCAGUUAUGAUUAUUUCGUGGGGCGUGUUUAUACCUUUCUUUUAUCUGCCAAGGUCAACGUCAAUCCUAACGUCAGAUGAUGAACGCAUUGCUGUGCUUUGUACAAUAGGAGUGUCAUUUGUGACUGGGUGCAUGACGUCCGGCUGUUUGCUAACAAAGGGUGGGAUGUCUCACCAUAUCGGAAGGCAGUAUAUCUGUGCAUUAUCAGUUUUUGUCUGUGCUGUUUCCAUAGCUUUUUUGUCUUUGGUGAGUUGCUUUCACGGGUGUGUAGUGAUUGCGUGUGUGUAUGGUAUAUUCUGCGGGUCGUAUGCAUAUACCUUGAAGGUCUACACGUACGAAGUCGUGAGGUUCAUACUUAUGGAGAGGGCGUGGGGCUUUGUCCAAUUAGCUCAAGCCAUACCGGUGCUUCUUGGUCUGCCAACAACAGAAUAUCUAAAUCAGUGGCACUCAAACACGGGAUUCUUCUUUGCUACAUUCCUCAUGUGCAUUGGGACAGUGUUGAUAAUGUUAGUACCCAUUGGCCAUAGACAAGCAUCCACCCAGACAUUCCUACGAGAUAUAUACGCUCACGAUGACGAACUAAACGAUCAGCUUGAUAUGAAUGCAAUCGAUCUGAUAGCCAGUCCUGACAUUUCCACGAGACCUUUUAACAACUUUACUGUGUAUAACACAGGAGCUGUUGUUAGAGAUACUAAACUUCUCCAACAGGUUGUCAAUGAGCAUUUUGAAAUGGCAGUGGAAUCAAGUCCAAUAUCAACUCGUGCGAAAGUGGCAGAGUUCCUCAUAAAAAGCCCACUGGGAAUGUAUCUGAACUCUCAAGUAUUUACUGACACAAGCCUCAGUGAGGAAGAUGGCGGCCCAGCGCCUAGGGAAAUAAUAGAUGGCGUUGAAAUUGAUGCAGAAACAGGAUUCUAAGAACCAUCCUAAGGAGCUAGGUAUCACCAUAAUCAAUGAUGUGUUUACACUACUAAUCAAUUAAAGGUAGUUGUACACUGGCAAAAGAUGGUACCAUCCUACAGCAUAGGAACAAUGAUUUACGUAUAUACAAGUGUAUA